AUGAAAAAAGAAAAAGAAAAACCCCCACCCACAACCUUCAUCUUCCGCCUCUCUCUCCUCUCGUUCUCACCUUCCCACAGGUACGAUGGUUUUCAUCGUCAUCAGCCUCAAACAUUUCAAUCGUCUGCCACCGUCAUCGUCGAGCAAAGAUCUCCCGCCACCACUGACAAACAAUCGCAACCAUGGGUUGCCACUAUCGAUUUGGGUUUCUCCAGAUUCCAAUUGUUUGAUGUAUGCAUCCUCAUCGAAAGUUGCAGGAUUGGAUUUAGGUUUCUUUAUAUACCAAUUGUAUCUGCUCAUCUCUCUAUCUGUAAGGGCUGGAUUUUAUCCUCAUUCAUGUUUCUGGAUUUCGAUCUUAAACGAGGUGAAAUAAACGAUGAACCUCAAGCAACGGUACCUCUUGUUCCGCCAUCAUCUGAAAAGUCACCGCCCUCAGCCGCUACUGAACCACUAGUGGAACCAAAGAAAGAGUCGAUAAUGUGUAACUCUCUGGUUGAAGUACAACCUACAAGUGAACUCGUGGCAAUAGAGACUAAAAGGACGAUGUCCAUUUUUGAAGAAGAAAUGUUAGGUGUCUUGAAGACGAUAGCUGAAAAGUUGAACAAACCAGAACCACCUACAAAACCGACAUUUGAAGAUUGUGAAAAGAAGUUGAACGAGCUCGGGUGGCCCAAAGAUGAUCCGUUACACCUAGUUGCACUCACAAUUUUUUGUGACGAGAACGUUAACUAUAGGGAAUUGUGGAUGAAAUUAGACCCGAAUUUGUGUACUGAUUGGGUCAGAAUGGGCGUAGUAAAAGAUUCACUUAAUUGUCUGAUGAAUUAGUUCAUGUAUAAAUGUGAAUAUGAAUC